CCUUGCUUUCCGCUAUUUUGAGCAUGAAUUUGACUUUUAUGUAACUGCUGUGAUGUGCGUGAAGGAGACGCGUUCACAACGCGUUUGACAGGGAUCAUCCUGCCGCUAGUGAAGCUUCGCCAAAACUUCCGAGGCGGAAGCUAUGACAGACUCAUGCGUCGCCUGAUCGUCCCUUCGACAACGCGAUGAAAGCAAUAGGGAGGUCCUUCGCGGGCCGCCACACUCCCAGUCCGCUCAAUGUCACUCGAACAUCCUUCCGCACACCCCACGUUUUAUCCCGUACAUUUACGAAACCCGCAUUCGCGCCCAAGCCAGUCAUAGACAUCAAGCACAUCCGUCAAGCCCCCGGCCUAUAUGAGCAGAAUUGCAUAGACCGAAAUUAUGCUGCACACAGCAAGAACUCAUGGCGCAUUAUCGAGCUGCACGAGCAAUGGUUGGCCCUCCAGCAGAGCACGCGAGAUUUGCGAUCACGGAACAAGCAGCUGCGCGACCAAAUUGCAAAGGGUGGGGCUGAAAAAGAGAGGGCGCUCAGCGAGGCAAAGGCGAUGAAGACAGAACUGAAUGAAAUCGAGGCGAAAGAGACACAACUGCAGGAAGAGAUUGAGGGUCUGGCGCAGGACCUACCCAACCUCAGCAGCACACACACACCAGUCGGCACUGAAGCUGCGUUAGUCAGCUAUAUCGGCGAACACCCUGAUCCUUCGAAGACAAAGCCUUGGAAAUCACAUGUGGAAAUUGGCCAGAAUCUGGGGAUACUGGACUUUGCAGGCGCAUCGCAGACGUCAGGCUGGGGCUGGUACUUCCUUGUUGGUGACGGUGCUAUGCUAGAGCAGGCACUGGUACAGUAUGCCUUGAGUGUGGCCAGGAAGAGGAGCUGGAAAGUGGUGGCCCCGCCAUCGCUGGUAUACUCGCACAUUGCGGCAGCAUGCGGCUUCCAACCACGAGACCAGAACGGGGAGCAGCAGGUCUACGCCAUCGAGCAAUCAGAGAAGGACAAGGCAAAGCCGCAACUGGCUCUUGCUGGGACAGCAGAGAUCCCGUUGGCUGGCAUGAAGGCAAACACUGUCUUGAACGAAGCCGAGCUGCCCCUCAAAACAGUCGGCGUGAGCAGAUGCUACAGAGCUGAGGCUGGUGCGCGAGGCGCAGAUACCAAAGGCUUGUACCGCGUCCACGAGUUCACCAAGGUCGAAAUGUUCGCCUGGGCAGCGCCUGACCAGACUGGAGACGACCACUUCACAGCGACUGACGCAUCGAGCUCAGAAGCAAUUUUCGAGGAGAUGCUCGGCAUGCAGCACGAAAUCCUGAGUGCGCUCGGUCUCCACUGCCGCAUCUUGGAGAUGCCCACAACGGACCUUGGUGCAAGUGCGAUCCGCAAGCGUGAUAUCGAGGCAUUUUUCCCGUCGCGAAGGUCGAUAGACGAUGGCUGGGGCGAAGUUACCUCAACAUCGAUGUGCACCGACUACCAGAGUCGACGACUGCACACACGUCUGCGCACCGCCAACGGCAACAAACUCGAUUUUCCCUUCACGUUGAACGGCACAGCCCUAGCAGUGCCGAGGGUAUUGGCAGCUAUCUUGGAAAAUCACUGGGACGAGAAGAGUGCGACUGUGAAAAUACCUGAAGUGUUGCAGCCCUUCAUGGGAGGACUGACGGAGAUCUCGCCGCAAGCAUAGCACUGGCGCUUAGCCGAUCGAGAUGCUGAUUUCUUGCCUCACUGUACGAUACUGUCCAUACC